AUGGGGGAGCAGAAGGGAAGAUGGAAUUGGGAGGUGACCGGAUUUGAGCCCAGGAAAUUGGUGGAGCGUGAUGAUUAUCAGAAGGCGUCAGUGGCGCCGGUGGUGCGUCGCUACUCGAUGUCCGUGUCGUCGGCUUCUGAGCUCACGAAGCAGGGCUUUAACUCUAAGCUCCAGAAAUUGAAGGACAAAGUCAAGAUUGUCAAGGAAGAUUACAUGGACUUGAGACAAGAAGCUACCGAUCUUCAAGAAUAUUCCAAUGCUAAACUUGAUCGCGUGACACGAUACCUCGGUGUACUUGCUGAUAAGACCCGUAAGCUAGAUCAGGCUGCCCUUGAAACAGAGUCUAGAAUAUCCCCUCUGAUAUCUGAGAAGAAAAAGUUAUUUAAUGACUUGUUGACUGCCAAAGGAAACAUAAAGGUGUUUUGUCGUGCAAGACCGCUUUUUGAAGAUGAAGGUCCAUCUGUUGUUGAAUUUCCUGAUGAUUGUACACUUAGUGUAAAUACUGGUGAUGAUAGCCUCUCCAAUCCGAAGAAGGAUUUUGAGUUUGACAGGGUUUAUGGACCUCAUGUUGGACAAGCCGAUCUCUUCAGCGAUAUUCAGCCUUUUGUUCAGUCAGCAUUUGAUGGAUAUAAUGUCACUAUAUUUGCAUAUGGACAAACCCACUCAGGAAAGACACAUACUAUGGAAGGGUCUAGCCAUGACCGUGGUUUAUAUGCUCGAUCUUUUGAGGAGCUUUUUGAUUUAUCAAACUCAGAUGCUACUUCAACAUCUCGAUAUAAUUUCUCAGUUUCUGUCUUUGAGCUUUAUAACGAGCAGAUAAGUGAUUUGCUUUUGGAAUCUGGAAAUGGGCUACCUAAUAUACGUGUUGGGUCAUCAGACUAUGUUGUAGAACUUGUGCAAGAAAAAGUUGAGAAUCCUAUGGAUUUCUCCAGAAGUCUCAAAACAGCAUUUCAGAAUCGAGGAACUGAUAUAUUGAAGUUUAACGUCUCUCAUCUUAUUGUGAUGAUACAUAUAUACUAUAACAACUUGAUCACGGGUGAGAAUUUAUAUAGCAAGCUUUCUCUUGUUGAUUUGGCUGGAAGUGAAAGUUCAAUUGUAGAAGAAGAAACUGGAGAGCGUGCAGCAGAGUUUCUGCAUGUUUUGAAAUCGCUCUCAGCAUUGGGAGAUGUUUUGGCAUCCUUAACUUCUAGGAAGGAUAACAUUCCUUAUGGGAAUUCAGCACUAACACAAGUUCUUGCAGAUUCACUAGGUGGAAGCUCGAAAACUUUGAUGAUUGUUAAUGUUUGUCCAAAUGCCUCAAACAUGUCUGAGACAUUGUCAUCCCUCAAUUUCUCUGCUAGAGCUCGAAAUGCUGUGCUGAGCCUUGGGAAUCGGGAUACGAUCAAGAAAUGGAAAGAUGUUGCAAAUGAUGCACGAAAAGAGUUAUAUGAAAAGGAAAAGGAAAUCAGUGAUAUGAAGCAAGAAGUUGUGGGUCUAAAACAAGCUUUAAAGCAUGCAAAUGACCAGUGCGUUUUACUCUUCAAUGAAGUUCAGAAAGCAUGGAAAGUUUCUUUUACAUUGCAGUCGGAUUUAAAGUCAGAGAAUAUUAUGCUUGCUGAUAAGCAUAAAAUAGAGAAGGAUCAGAAUGCACAACUUAGGAAUCAAGUUACUCAACUGUUGCAAGUAGAGCAGGACCAGAAAUUGCUAAUACAACAACGGGAUUCAACAAUUCAGAUUUUACAGGAAAAACUGAAGGGCAUUGAAUCACAACUAAAUGAAGCUCUUUUUUCAACUGAGAAAAAGUCAACAAAUGGCUCAGAAUCGAGAACAUUGGUGCAAACUACCAAAACAACAGUGGAUGACAUGGAUUCUGCUGCAGUUACCAAGAGACUUGAGGAGGAACUCAAGAAACGUGACACCCUUAUUGAGAGAUUGCAUGAAGAAAAUGAGAAAUUAUUUGACAGAUUGACAGAAAAAGCUUCAUUAGCUGGAACACCUCAGGUGUCAAGUCCAUCUCCCAAAGGACAAGCUAUUCAGUCUCGAGAAGUGGGAAGGACUGAUAGUACUAAUGUUAAAGGACCUUCUGGUGAGACAGAGGGCACAGUUGCUUUGGUUAAAUCUGGUCCUGAGAGGGUGAAAACGACCCCAGCUGGUGAAUAUCUUACUUCUGCCCUUAAUGAUUUUGAUCCAGAACAAUACGACAGUCUUGCUGCCAUUUCAGAUGGUGCUAACAAGCUUUUGAUGCUGGUUUUAGCUGCGGUAAUCAAGGCAGGUGCUUCUAGAGAGCAUGAAAUACUUGCUGAAAUAAGAGAUGCUGUUUUUGCUUUUAUUCGUAAAAUGGAGCCAAAGAGGGUGAUGGAUACCAUGCUUAUUUCACGUGUUAGGAUUUUGUAUAUAAGGUCUCUGCUUGCUCGGUCACCAGAGCUACAAUCAAUUAAGGUUUCUCCUGUUGAGCGCUUUCUGGAGAAGACUACUAAUGGACGCAGCAGAAGCUCUAGUCGUGGGAGUAGCCCUGGAAGAUCUCCAGUGAGAUAUGAUUCUAUCACGAGGAAUUCACUGAUUGAGGAACAGAUUCAAGGGUUCAAAGUAAAUCUAAAGCCAGAAAAGAAGUCAAAGUUGUCGUCAGUGGUUUUGAAAAUACGCGGCAUUGAUCAGGAAACAUGGAGACAGCAUGUAACGGGUGGAAAACUGAGGGAAAUUACCGAGGAAGCAAAAAGUUUUGCAGUUGGAAACAAGGCUCUUGCAGCUCUUUUUGUUCAUACUCCGGCUGGUGAGCUCCAGCGUCAAAUCAGAAAUUGGCUUGCAGAGAACUUUGAUUUUCUUUCCAUUACUGAUGAUGGAGUAGGGGGAGCAACUGGUCAGCUGGAGCUUCUAUCUACAGCAAUAAUGGAUGGUUGGAUGGCUGGACUGGGUGCUGCACAACCUCCUCAUACUGAUGCUCUUGGGCAGCUUUUAUCUGAGUAUGCAAGGCGUGUUUAUACUUCUCAAUUACAACACUUAAGGGAUAUUUCAGGUACCUUGGCAGCCGAAGUGGCAGAAGACUCUGCACAAGUAGCUAAGCUACGUGGAGCUCUGGAGUCUGUGGAUCACAAGAGAAGGAAGAUUUUGCAACAAAUGAGAAGUGAUGCCGCAAUGUUGAAUUUGGAAGAUAGUGCUUCACCUAUUCGGAAUCCUUCUACUGCUGCUGAGGAUGCAAGACUGGCAUCAUUAAUUUCCUUGGAUUCCAUACUGAAGCAAGUCAAGGAUAUAUUGAAGCAAUGCUCAGCGAAGGUUCUCAGUAAGAGUAAGAAGAAAUCAACACUUGCCUCUCUUGAUGAACUUGCUGAACGGAUGCCAUCCUUGCUUGACAUUGAUCAUCCUUGUGCACAGAGGCAUAUCGCUGAAGCUAGACAUGCCCUAGAGUCAACUUCUGAAGAGGAUGACCAGCUUCAUGACACUGCACAUGCUCGCAAACUUUCUGGAGACAUGGCAUAUGGUGCUGAAACCGACGUGGCGCAGUGGAAUGUUUUACAGUUCAACACUGGUUCAACAACUCCAUUCAUCAUCAAAUGCGGAGCCAAUUCAAAUUCCGAAUUGGUCAUUAAAGCUGAUGCACGGGUUCAGGAACCUAAAGGUGGGGAAAUUGUUAUGGUCGUUCCAAGACCAACCGUUCUGGAAAAUAUGAGCCUGGAGGAGAUGAAAGAAGUAUUCUCGCAACUCCCGGAGGCUCUAAGUUUACUUGCUCUUGCAAGGACUGCAGAUGGAACCCGAGCUCGGUACUCUAGAUUGUAUAGGACUCUUGCCAUGAAGGUUCCUGCUCUGAGGGACCUCGUUGGUGAACUUGAGAAGGGGGGAGUACUGAAGGAUGUGAAAUCAUAA